AUGUGCCUAGUCGGUCACGCGACGCCCGGCGACUGCUUAGUGCUGCACGCACCCAGCAAGGAGCAUCUGGUGGAAAAACUCUACUUGGUAGAGAACGUGAAGGAAUCGGAAGUCGCUAGUAUAACCUUGAAGUACGGCGUGGACUGUGGCGACGUCACCGCAGAGGAAGCGAUCAUGGACGCGACCGCCGCCGUUGACAACGCAACAGACCUGGCGGCAGACAACUCUGCGUGGGGCGACUCCACUUGGGGCGACUGGUUUGGCGGAGCAUCCUCUUCUACAACUGCUGCCACGGAUGAAGCAAAGGAACCAGAUUCCAGUGAAGCGAGGAAGAAAGCUGGACAGCACAGUAGCAGGAGCUCUGCCUCUGCCGGAAACUCAAACACGAAAAAAGGCUCUCUGACGUCUUCUUCGAAGAACCCGACAUCGACUAUUAUUUCGAAGUUAACCGCGAGCGAAUGGAGAGUGGAGCGUCGUUACGCAGAGCUGCUUGUUUUCUUAGCCGC